GAGAACCGCCCGGAUCUGAUCCAACCACUCCAGCACAAGCCCCCGCCGUCGUCAGUCCCGGCUCCGAUCUCCCCUUCCCUUCCCUCACUCAAACACGGCGCGCGCGUGCACAGCAGCCAGAGCCGCGGCGGAUCCGGAGGCCUCAGCGGCCGAGGCCCGAAGCCAGCAGCCGCCCGCGCCGCUCGCCGCCCCCCGCCGACCACACAGUCAGGCACUGCACCGGCAGAUCCAGAUCCAGCGUGCCCCGCCCGCAUGGCGGGGGCGGUGUCGGCGCUCUUCCUGCUCGACAUCAAGGGCCGCGUCCUCGUCUGGCGCGACUACCGCGGCGACGUCACCGCGCUCCAGGCCGAGCGCUUCUUCACCAAGCUGCUCGACAAGGAGGGCGACGCGGAGGUCCACUCGCCCGUCGUCCACGACGGCGCCGGCGUCUCCUACACCUUCAUCCAGCACAACAACGUCUUCCUCCUCACCGCCGCCCGCCAGAACUGCAAUGCCGCCAGCAUCCUGCUCUUCCUCCACCGCCUCGUCGAUGUGUUCAAGCACUACUUUGAGGAGCUGGAGGAGGAAUCUCUGAGGGACAACUUCGUCGUCGUGUAUGAGUUACUUGAUGAGAUGAUGGACUUCGGGUAUCCGCAAUACACAGAGGCGACGAUCCUGAGUGAGUUCAUCAAGACCGAUGCAUACAGGAUGGAGGUCACACAGAGGCCGCCCAUGGCAGUGACGAACGCCGUGUCAUGGCGGAGCGAGGGGAUUCGGUACAAGAAGAAUGAAGUGUUCUUGGAUGUGGUUGAGAGUGUCAACAUUCUUGUCAAUAGCAACGGGCAGAUCGUGAGAUCUGACAUCAUCGGCGCGCUGAAGAUGCGGACCUUUCUGAGUGGAAUGCCCGAGUGUAAACUUGGGUUGAAUGAUAGAGUUCUUUUGGAAGCGCAAGGCCGAGCAACUAAAGGAAAAGCAAUAGAUCUGGAUGAUAUCAAAUUUCAUCAGUGUGUUCGGUUGACCAGAUUUGAGAAUGAUAGGACUAUAUCAUUCGUCCCUCCAGAUGGAGCUUUUGAUCUAAUGACUUACAGACUCACCACACAGGUGAAGCCUCUGAUCUGGGUAGAAGCACAAGUUGAGAAGCAUUCAAGAAGCCGGAUAGAGAUCAUGGUGAAGGCAAGGAGCCAGUUCAAGGAAAGAAGCACCGGAACAAAUGUAGAAAUUGAAGUACCUGUACCCUAUGAUGCGACAAACCCAAAUAUAAGGACUUCAAUGGGUUCUGCGGCAUAUGCACCUGAGAGAGACGCAAUGGUCUGGAAAAUUAAAUCAUUUCCUGGUGGCAAGGAAUAUAUGUGUAGAGCAGAGUUUAGCCUUCCCAGCAUUACCUCGGAAGAAGCAACCCCUGAAAAGAAGGCUCCAAUACGUGUGAAAUUUGAGAUACCCUAUUUUACCGUUUCAGGCAUUCAGGUUCGUUAUCUGAAAGUCAUCGAGAAAAGUGGAUACCAGGCCCUCCCUUGGGUUAGGUACAUCACAAUGGCCGGUGAAUACGAGCUGAGGCUUAUCUGAUCUCUGCUCUAGCUGCUGGAGCAAUCAAGCAGUUUGUUAGAGUCUGAGGAGGCGAGGAGCACAUGUAGUGCUGCACCUGAAUUACGGCGGCAGGAUAGAUGGCGUUUACCGGCAGGUUGGGGCUCUUGUCCCUAAAGCUCCACCCUUCCAUCAUGCAGAGUUCUCUUAGUGGUUUUUACCCAUGUUUGCUGUAAGUUACCAUCCACCGGUACAGUUGCCUAGUUGAAUUCUUGUUUUCCAAUUCUUUCCUGGUUGAUAUCACAUGUAUCAUAUUGGUUUAUUUACCCUAUUGAUGUCACUCACAAGCUUGGGCCCUGUUUCUAAUCUUACUAUUUUCCUUCCAAGCUA